UUUCUUUUGGAAAAGAAUUUCCGGAAAGUAGUUGUAGUUUUGACCUCGGCGUGCUGCAACGCUGUAUUUUAUCUACGACGGCAAAACAUGGAAGCCUUGUUGAAAAAGGAGCUGCAAACUUCCUCGCUGAAAGCCACUGGCCGCUCGGGAGGGGGGUGUAUCAGCGAAGGACAGAGCUACUGUACUGACACCGGAAUGGUGUUUGUGAAGAUAAACCAUAAGAGUCAGGCAAGGCUGAUGUUCGAUGGCGAAAUGGCCAGCCUGGAGGCCAUCUUACAGACUGCCACUGUGAGCGUGCCGAAACCAGUGAAGGUGAUAGACAUGGAGCGCGGGGGUGCAGUGUUCGUCAUGGAGCACCUUGACAUGGGGAGCCUGAACAGACACUCUGCAAAGUUGGGCGAGCAGCUGGCUGACCUGCACCUUCACAACCAGAGACUGAGAGAGAGACAGGACAGGGAGCAGCAGACCGUCGGAAGAGGAGCAGGCCAGUCUGAUGCAACCUUCAUCGACAAGUUUGGGUUCGGCACCGUAACCUGCUGUGGUUACCUGCCACAGGUAAACGAUUGGCAGAGUGACUGGGUGUCGUUCUACUGUCAGCAAAGACUUCAACACCAGCUUAACUUGGCGGAGAAGACGUAUGGGGACCGGGAGGCCCGAGAGCUGUGGUCUCGACUCCAGCUGAAGAUCCCGCAGCUCUUCACAGGUAUAGAGGUGGUCCCAGCCCUGCUGCACGGUGACCUGUGGGGGGGCAACGUAGCGGAGUGUGUGGAUGGCCCCGUUAUAUUUGACCCCGCCUCCUUUUACGGCCAUGCGGAGUUUGAGUUGGGCAUUGCCGGCAUGUUCGGCGGCUUCAGCAGCUCCUUCUACUCUGCCUACCACAAGAAGAUGCCCAAGGCGCCCGGGUUCGAGAUGAGGCACCAGCUCUACCAACUUUUCCAUUACCUUAACCAUUGGAACCACUUUGGUGGUGGCUACAAGGGCUCAUCCCUGCGCAUCAUGAAAGACCUUGCAAAGUAGCCCGUUCAUCUGCCUGAAAGACCCCACCUCUCAUCCGUCGUUUUCCGAGCUGAAAGCGAAACCUUUGAAAUUCCACUGUGCCGUCUUUUUCCAGGUGUGUGAUAAUUGCAUGACAGUCAUUGAUAUUAUUACUCAUGCAGAAUACAAGCAUAAAAAGAGAUGUUCUGGACAAACUGCAGGAACACACUGUAACAGCCUAUUUUCUGUUUUGAGAGGAGGACUAUUCAAUUAAUGCAGUAUAAUUUGCAGGUAUUAUAUAACUGCAAAGUGUCUGUACUGAGAUAUUAAUAUACAUUUGUACUGAUUAUAUAACUGUCUUGACAAUGCAUGGCAUCCGGUUAGUACUCCACUUAAUUAAUUUACUGGAUGUCUAACCAUAGAUCAAGCAAAAGUGAAUGUAUUUUACCUUAACGUGAGCUGUAAUAGUCCUUUGAAGAGUACAGCUAGAAUUCGAACCUGGUUCCUAGAGUUACUGGAUUUAAGUCUUCUAUACUGAGGUCGGGACUGCUUACCCACUUAACAAAGAGAAAUUCUAGCACAUGUUAAUCAUUAUUUAAAAAGGUUUCCAGUAGUUCUCACCAUAAGACGUUAGGGGUGGGUAGGUGGAUGAAUGGUUUCAAUAGCAUAAUAAUUUAACAUUGAACACAUUGGCUAUUCUCAGAGUGCUAAAAACAAGUCUUAGAAGGUAAAUUAAGUGUGGAAUUAUGAAAUCAUAAAAUAUUUUUUCUUUCCACAAAGCAUUAAUAAUUAGCAUUUUAAAUGAAUGUAUAACAAAGACUAGAAACCUUACUAAGUUAAUGUCUUAGUUAACAUUCCAUGCAAACUACGAGGUGUAGAUUCCAAAGAAUAAUUAUGAUACAGAAAGUUUAAUUUAGGAACUUUCGGUUUUUCUAUAAGCUUGCGUGCACGUAUUCUACAGUUAUUUGUAGUGACUAAUUAAAUGAAUAAUAUGGUGAUUUGACGAUGCAUACGUUGCAUAUAUUGCUGUGCAAUUGAAAAGGCUUAUGUAUAAUUUGCUGGCUUGUUUCUAAGCCUGUUUAUUUGAAGCCGUUUUUAUGUUGGUGAUUUUGAGAUACGUGCUAACAACUACAGUUAUUGAUAUUGAUUCAUUUGCUUGUCAAUAGAAAAAUAAAGAAAAACAUCUAUA